AUGCUGAUCGGCACUGUCAUCAAUCAAUUGUACCGCACCCAAAAGAUCUUAAUGAUGGGUGGCGGUGCCUGCGGUUGUAACCAGGGGAUUGGCUCUGGCUCCGAGGCUUCUGUCAUUUGCCGUGAUGGCAGAGCCUGGUACGUAUAUCACUGCCAAGAGAAUGAUGUGUUUUCCCUUGCUGCCCACCGCUGGUGA